CAAUCGCAUAGCUAUGUCUGAAUUACCCGACUUAAAACUUGUCGCCGCAGUAAUUUCUUCCAUAAUUAAUUGUCCAGUAAAGACAUAUGAUGAAUGCAUAGCCGAAGGGUUAGACCCUAACCGAACUUUAGACCCUGUUCUAGUUCAUAAAUAUUCCGUCACUAAUAAAAAUAUCUCUUUUAAUAAAUUUGUUGAAAAAAGCAACAGACGUUCCAGUAAAAAUGAUCCAGCCCCCACAUAUUCUG